GACAGCCUUUCGUUUUAUAAGGGUAUACGCUAUAAGCAAAUGAAUGAAUUAACGGGAUGUAAGAGCAACCAUGGAUAGGAAAUAGGAAAAGGGUGGUUGAAUACAGUAACCCUUAAGGGAAAAGUGCUAUGUUAAAGUGCUCAUUUAUAUAGUCCAUUUUUCUCGGCUGUCCCUGAACGUUGCAUUUAUCGAAGCUUGCCAAACAAACAAACGCACGUCGUGAGUGAGCUCUUAACGGCUAGUAGCUGUCAGUUUACCCGGCGUCCGCCCAGACAAUAUGCCCGUGGAUGUGAACCAGUGGAGCGGCCCGCUGAAGCUCCAGGAGGUGGAGGACAAACCCGGCCGGCCUCUGAUCGUCAAAUACGGCUCUGUGGAGAUUGACGAGCUGGGGAAAGUGCUCACGCCGACGCAGGUCCAGAACCGGCCUACGAGCAUCGAAUGGGAGGGAUGUGACCCCGAGAAACUUUACACUUUGGCCCUGACCGACCCUGACGCUCCCAGCAGGGAAAACCCCAAAUUCAGGGAGUGGCAUCAUUUCCUGGUGGUCAACAUGAAAGGAAACGACGUGUCGACUGGCCAUGUUUUGUCCGACUACGUGGGUUCCGGUCCUCCGCAGGGAACAGGUCUUCACCGCUACGUGUGGCUGGUGUACAGCCAGUCGGAGGCGCUGUCGUGCACCAAGCCCGUCCUCACCAACUGCUCCGGCGACGGGCGCGGCAAGUUCAGCGUGCGCAACUUUCGGCGCAAGUAUAAACUGCAAGAGCCCGUGGCCGCCACCUGUUACCAAGCGGAGUGGGACGACUACGUGCCCAAACUCUACAAACAGCUCGCGGGAAAGUCAAAGUAAAACCAGAUGUUUCCCUGAAAUGCGACAAGUUGAAAUAAAAAGGGGGGAAAAAAACAGCAAA